AUGUCCACACAAAUUGCCUCGAAGAACCUCUACGAGCUUCUCGGAAACAACCACGAUGAAGACUCCGACAAGGAACCCGAGCCACCAGUAAAGGUCGUCGAUAAGACUCCUGCCCGGACAACUAAGCGCAAUGCUCCUGCAGAGGCACCAGCUUCGAAACCUGCCGCUGGAUCUGACAGCCGAGGUGGUCGCCGCGGUGGAUUCAAUGGCAACGAAGGAGCAUUCCGCGAUCGCCAGGCCGGUAGCUCCAACAACCGUGGCAAGCCAACCGGUGACGCUGGCCAACAGGACCGAGCCCCAAGAAACGAGCGUGCCCAGGGUACCUACGAGGGCCGUGGAGGACGAGGCGGCCGUGGCGGAAACCGCACCUUCGACCGACACUCUCGCGGCGUUGGAGGUGAAUCUGAGAAGCAAGCUGCUCACGGUUGGGGUGCCACCGAAGGUGAUGCCGAACUCAAGGAUGAGGAAGCUGGUGAAGCUCUCGCCAAGGCCGACCAAAAGGAUGCAUUGACUGGUGACGGCGAUGCUCCUGUCGAUGCUGAGGCAGCUGCUGAAGCCGAGCCUGAGGACAAUAGCAAGUCUUAUGCCGAGUACUUGGAAGAGCUUGCCGAGAAGAAGGCCGCUCUCAAUGCCGAGGCUCUCAACGUUCGCAAGCCCAACGAAGGGUCCAAGGAAGACAAGAAAUGGGCCAACGCCAAAGCAAUUGCUAAGGAAGAAGAAGAGGAUUUCGUCGCUGGAUCCGGUGGUAAGGCUAAGCGCGAGCGUGAGCGCAAGCAGAAGCAAACCCUUGACAUUGACCAACGCUUCGUCGAGGCCCCCGAGCGUGGACGUGGCGGUUUCCGUGGCGGCCGUGGUCGUGGCGAUGGACCACCCCGUGGCGAUCGUGCCGACAGAGGCAACUUCCGUGGAGGACGUGGCGGCGACAGAGGUGGACGUGGCGGCCGUGGAGGUGACUUCAGAGGUCCUCCCCGUGGCAACACACGCAACAAUGCUGGCCCCUCUUCCACCAUCAACACCGAAGACAAGAGCGCCUUCCCCAGCCUCGGAUCAUAG